AUGAAUUCACGUGACGAACCGGAAAAAACAUUCAAAGUUGCAAUGCCUGAAAAUGCUUACUCGACUGUUUAUCUACGUGACGCAAUGUCUGUUGAGGAGUUUCUUGCGAGUGCAUGUGCUCGUCGCAACCUAAAUCCAAUGGAACAUUUUGUACGUGUUAAGAAACGACGUGACAUGGAGGAUCACAAUUAUUUUGUGCCACAUCGUAAUGAUUUGAUUGAAAAUUAUUUGCAUAAUCAUGAAUUCGUUGAAGUCUGCAUGAAAAUUCUUUACCAAGUCGAACUGCAACGCACAACACUCGAGCAAAUGUGGGGCUUUUCCGUGGAAGCAGAACUUAUUGAGAACGCAGAACGACAGGAUGAGUUGUGCUGUUAUGUCAGUCGUGUCGAGGAUAAGAGUGUGGCAAUGCAUAAUGGCAUCAUCAAGGGAGAUGAGAUAAUGGUGAUCAAUGGCGCAAUUGUAUCCGAUCUGGAUAUGAUGUAUCUUGAAAGUGUCCUACAGGAGGAGCAAUCAUUGAGCAUGAUGAUGCGGUAA